UGGGUCAGGAAACUUAAAUUCAGUGGUCAUGGCAUUAAAGGAAACACUGAUUUGGCUGUGCUCUCUAGCAGUGUUAUUCUUCUCUGCAGCUUCACAUGAAACGGUGCUCCAGGAUUGCAGCUCGAAAGCUCAGCUGUUGGAUCGUCUAUCAGCUGAUCUCAAGGUGGUGGUAGAGUGUGGUGAAAUCCCCCCCUCUGACUGGAGCCCACAGCGGACAGCCUCACUACUGCUCUCCAUGAGGAACCUGACUGAGACUCUGCACAAACACCAGCUGAACGAAUGCCGAGGUGCUGAGCCAGAACAAUGCCCUGAAGCCGAAGUUCCCGACAAUGGAGGGUUGGCGUGUGUCACAGUGGCCGACAAGCAACGCAACACUACUACGCGCUACUGCAAACCUUUGUGCAACCAUGGUUUUGACUUUGGUUUCCUCAGGCGGAGUCGUUUAUACGAUGAGUGCGGCGCUCAGACCAGAUUUAAAUGGAACACUCAAUACGUAGGAGGAAACAAGCUGGCUGUCUGUAACGAAACACCUAUUCAAAUUUCAGGAGCGGAGACGGCAUAUUUUCCAAAGGACUGCAUGACAUCUAAGGAGAGCAGCGAACCGGUGAACACCAUCGAGAGCGAUUUUAUCGCUGAGCUGAAGAAAGAAGGAAUUGAGGGAGAGAUGAAGUCUUUCUGUCUUGUAUGUGGACGAUCGUGAAGUGAAAGUCUCUCUAAGCCUCCUGACCCUGACCCUGACCCUGACCCAGACCCUGACCCUGAGUAUCGCCUGUGGCUGUGUGGCGUCCUCUGGCUUCGAUCCUGUCAGGAGAGCACAGAACUUCCAGCUUGGUCAACCUCAUGUCCGUGAGUGAUACUGGCAUAGUCUUAUUACCUACUGCCAACUCUGUCUUUGGUGACCCUGGUGACCCUG